UAUCAUGAGUGCAGUGCGCCACCCAGGCCGCGUGACGCGGGUGCGGGUGCGUGUAUACGGUGCCGUCUCCGCGUGUGCAAUACUAUGCUACCUCAAUUCCCUCCACGGCGAUUUGGUCCACGACGAUAUCCCGGCUAUCAGACACAACCACGAUGUUCUCGGCACCACCCCUCUCCACCACGUGUUCCUCGACGAUUUCUGGGGUACUCCUAUGGGCGACCAGAACAGUCACAAGAGCUAUAGGCCGCUCACUACUCUUACUUUCAGGUUGAACCACUGGCUAGGAGGUCUGCACCCUUGGGGCUUUCACGUCUGCAAUGUUUUUCUCCAUGUCAUAUGCUGCCUGUUGUUUACCAGAGUGGCCCUUAGAGUGGCCAGGCUGCAAACGCCCUUUGCUGCUGCAGCUGGGUUGAUUUUUGCCACACACCCUAUCCACACAGAAGCGGUAACGGGCAUCGUUGGCCGAGCCGAUGUUUUGGCGUGUGUCUUCUUCCUCCUGUCCUUCCUAGCUUAUCAUGAUGAAGGGAUCUGCUCGAAGCACAAUCGGAUGUGGGUCAGUUCUCAGCUCGCAGCACUCUCCAUGUUGGCGAAGGAGACAGGAGUCACGGUGUUGUUUGUCAAUCUAGUAUAUGACCUCUAUCAUUCUUGGCCACCUGUGAAAAGGUCUUUGCUUGAUGUUAAAUGGAAUGAAGAUUCUUUGUUGUUUGCUCGACGGGCGGCCAAAGUUCUCAUGGUGACAAGCCUGCUGCUACUUCUCAGGGUGGCUAUGCUACAAGGAUCUUUACCCAAGUUCUCAAGUCAAGACAACCCCGCCGCAUUUCACCCGAGUCAACAAGUGAGGUUUCUGACAUUCAGCUACUUGGCAGUGUUUCACUGCUGGCUGCUUGUGUGUCCCUCUACACUGAGCCACGACUGGCAGAUGGGCUCUGUCCCUCUAGUGUCCGCUCUGUCCGACCACCGCAACCUAGCCACUUGCUUACUUUUCGCCUCCUGCCUCUGGAUCGCCUAUAGGAUUUUCAACGACAUGGAUCACCAGCGGCACUCCCCUCUAAUAGUGGGGUUUCUUCUACUAACAAUUCCUUUCCUGCCAGCCUCCAACCUCGUUGUCAUCGUUGGCUUCGUCGUUGCUGAACGGAUCCUCUACAUACCAAGUAUGGGAUACAUUAUAUUAAUGGUGUACGGCGCGCAACUACUUUACACUUCGGGAUUCUUAAGGCAAAGGUCCUGGCUUCUGUGGGCUGUUCUGCAUCUGUCCCUGUGGUUCAUGGGAAGAACUGUUCUAAGGAACCAGGACUGGCUGACCAGAGAAGCUCUAGUUAGGUCAGGUGUAAGUACCCUUCCCCACAACGCUAAAAUGCACUACAAUCUGGCGAACUUUCUAAGAGAUACUGGGCAGCUUGACAUAGCCAAAGAUCACUACCACGAAGCGCUAAGGUUAUGGCCAACGUACGCGAGCGCUCACAACAACUUGGGCACGCUGAUGUCUGAGCCAGAGGUGGCCGAAGGACAUUUUCUAGCUGCCAUCAGGUUCUCUCCAGGACACGUUAAUGCUCAUUAUAACCUAGGGCAAGUCUACAGAAAAAUGAACAGAAGUGAUGACGCAAUUGCUAUGUUAGAAAAAUGUCUGCGGCUAAAUUCAGUAUAUGCUCCUGCCUUCUUACUACUCGCCAAAAUUCAUUCUGGCCAGAUGGUUGGGCAGCUACUACAUCAUGUGACCAAACUUCAGCCGACCAAUGCGGACUAUUUGGCUAAAUAUGCUUCCUGGCUACGUCAAAAUUAUCGCACUACAGAAGCGAUGGUGUAUUACGGAAGGGCACUUCGCUUGAAGGCCAACCACCGUAACUCCAUUAUCGGAGCUGGGCAGACUCUGAGGGAUCGGGGUCAGAAGGGGAGGCUUCAUCAAUUACUAAUCAGAUGGCACAUUAUCUGCCGGCCACAAAGUACGAGGCGGAUUGUUUACACUGGGGACAUCUACAUCCGGUCUUGGGAAUUUUACAAGUCAGGACAGGCUACGUCACUUCCUAUUCGGAGCGAGGUGAAACCGAUGCGUGCAAGUACUCCUAUGCAUGUGACGUCACUGUUGGUAACUGAAGAUCGUUCAGACCUCAUUCCUCUCCAUGUUGGAACCUUUGGAGAGGAUAAGGAAGAUCUCAAGGCGGGUUAAGAUCAAAACAACUAAUCCGUCCUCAUUGUACCAAUUUAAGGAAGUAUAUUCAUUCUUACAAAAAAGUUUAUCGAUCCUAGCUUAUCUAAAACUUGUAAUUUUGUACUUAAUAUCAAAGACAAAGGUUUUUUGUUUGAAGUGAAAGUAGUGUUAAUAUUUUGUGCUUACAUGACACAUAAUUGUGUUAUCUACUAAAAUACUAUGAUAGUUAUUGUCAAAUCUCCCACAUCAAUGUGAAAUACAUUAUUAUAUUUUAACACAUAUGGAAACUAAAUUUUGUUAUAAAUAUAUUUGAUUAGUAUAUAAUUUUUUAUUAAUAUAACAUACGUAGUUUAUAAACAUUUGGAGAUGACAAUAUUUUUCUAAAAUUGAAAAAUGAAUCAGAUAAAAAACGAAACGAUUUGUAAAAAAGGUUAGAAAACACAAUUUGAAAGAAUAAGAAGAAUUUAAAAGAAUUCUUGACUAAGAAAAUAUGUUUUUAUACGAAAACUUUUAAUCAAACAGUAUGCGUGUUUAAUACUUUAAAGGAAACAGAUCUCGUAAACAGUAUUAAAAUAAGUACUAUAUUAAGCUCUCUCCUAAGAAUUAUUUAUCUCUGGUAUGAACAAGGAUUAAUUUUUUAAUGAUUAAAAUCAAAGGUCAAUUCAGUAAUGCCUCGUACCAGAGGUUUUAUAAAUUUAUGUUGCCUUACCGCCGUUCUCUCUCACCAAAAUUUCCUGGGCCUUCUGGAUGAUUAAUAUUACUGAUAAAAACUCCCACUUCUGUAUUUAGCGACAAAUAAAACGUUGGUAUUUAUAUAAUAUAAAUAACUGAAGUGAAACUUAAUCUGUAAUUAAGUUUACUAAACAACAAUGUUGCUUAAAUUAAUUUAUUAAACUUUGUACAAUAUGAAGUUUUAAAUUACGCAACUGAACUGAUAACUCCGUUUUGAGAUCGUUUUGUGAAAUUUACAAGUAAUAUAUAAGUAUAAUUCUGGAACUUAAAAAAUAAUUUAAUUAGUUUUCUUAAGAUAACCUACAUAAGUUUGGGUUUGUAAUGUUAUUAACACCAAAUUCUUUUUCAAUAUAAAUAGAAAGUAAUAUUACUGUAUAUAACAAAUAAAUUAUGUACGGCUAAGAAGCAAAAAAAUAUCCAGUGGGAAAAGAAAAAUUCAUCAGCAAAUGUACAAAUUAAAUACAUAAAAUACAUACAAAUACAUAAAACUUAUUUAAUCGAAUUCUCAUUUGAAAAAUACAUAAAUAGUUGGGAUCCAUAGUAUCACCAACAUAUUCAACAUCUAAAAUCAAUUUUCAUGUUGGUAUACACUCAAAAGUAAAAUAUAAAAAUGAAAAAUUUACCAAUUUCAUAUUAAUUAUCGGCAAAUAAGUACGUUCAAUAUAUGUUAUAAAAUUUAAUUUUCCAUCAGUUUGUUUAUAUGAAGUGUGAUCAGCUACCAAUUACCUCCAGUAAAUCCCAUGUUAAACUUCUAACUUUUUUUAAAUCUUGACAGUGUGUGAUAUAUUUAAGAUGUAUGAAACUUUGAAUUUAUAUUAUUAUUAAGUAAUUGAUUUUGCACUCUAUUGCAUUAAUUUAUUGUUUACAUGAAUUUAUUCGAGAAUGAAUUAUUUAAUUUCGUUAGAUUAUUUGAAAAUUUUAAACGAAUUUACAUCUAUAAGUACAGUACAGAUAAUGUAGUUACUGAAAUUUGCCUUGUACUAUAUAAAUAUCCUCUGAUAUUUGAUGCAGGGUAUUUAGAAUAAUAUAAUCUUUAAUUAUUUAUUAAAAGUUUGCUUUCCAUGACAUUGAGAGAAAACAUGAGUCAAUAAGGAAAACAGAACCAAUCACAGAGUUCAAUGGCAAGUUUCUGACGUGUAAUGUUAUAAUAACAAAGCUAGCAACAGCUGGUAGUGGGCAGCCGUCAUUAGCAACUGCAGAUUUACCGUGUUGAAUAAGUUUCGAAUUUGCCAGGUGAGAUACGCCUUCGUGUACUAUUCUAUCAAGCUUAAUAUGAUACCAGUAAAUAUCUUUAUUAACUAAUGAGGAUGAUUGUGAAACAUUAUAAUUAGCAAAAUUGUAAAGAAUUAGCUAUAGUUUUCUAUGGUUUUCCUUCAAGUACAAGUAUCUGAAGCAAAGACAUUUUCGCCCUAAAAAUUCCUCAAAUAGAUGUAUGAGUAAAUCGAGUUUAGUCUGAAAAACAAAUGUAAUCACAGGUACAUCUGUAGUAUUAAGUUAACAUGGUGGUAGUUACUUAUAUAUUUUUGUUAACCGUUUCAAUUGGAAAAUAAUGGUGGACAAAAAUACUCAUUCUUUUACCCAUUAUAAAGUGAAAGUUUACAUUAAGUGAUAACAAUAUGAAAUCAAUUACCGCUUUCAUUGCACAAUACUAUUUUAAUGACAGUUUUUAAUGCAAGAAUCAGGCUGAUUUCAAUGUUUUAAAUGUUUUAAAAGUGCUGCAGCAUAUAUUUUAUGUCUUCUGUACUGUUUUUAAUAUUGUAAUUUAAAUUUAAUAAAUAAAUUCUUGGUUUUUUGACUAAAUAUUGGAAUCCAUUUAUACAUAUUUUCUGUACUUAAAAUUUCAGUUUUUGGGAAAUAAAUAAAGUACACUUGCAUAUCGAAUUUCAAAUUUAACAAUGUCAUCAGUGAAGAUGGAAACCUUGACAUGGAAUUAACUACGACAAGUUGGUGGCUGUUUACUUCUCAAAAUUUUCUUAUUUUUAAACAGCAGUUUUAUAAUUUUUUUAUUUUGUUUCCUAUCUUCCACAACGAGUUCCCGUUCGGUGAAAAACUAAUGUCAAGGAAAAUUGGUCUAGUUUGUUAACAGAUAACAUAAACAGAAUAAACUGUCGUUUAUGUACAUUAACAAUUCAAGCUACAAUCAUGAGUAUUCACAAAUAUUGAUUUCCAUAUUUUACAUAUUGCAUAGUUUUAAAUAGCGAUGUAUUUCUUUCAAUAAAACUGGUGCUUCAUAG